AACACUGAACGCAGGGUUGCACCGAGCCGAUUUGACAGCUCGUAGAUGGCGUAUAGCACGUUUCCGGUCUUUCUUUCCCUUUCUUUUACCAGCGUGUGCAGUGACUAGUAAAAGAUGCCUGCUCCGGUCGCCAAGAAGCCAGCAGCGAAAAAGCUGCCCGCUGUGCCGGAAUCGAAGCUGAAGUUCAGGAAGAAACAAAUCUCGAAGCGGGUGGCCGAUUCGAAACGUCGCCUCAAGAAGGCCGCCGUGAUUGCCCUGCGCAAGAAGGAGAACCUGGUGCGCGCCGAGAAGUACCAGAAUGAGUACAUCAAGGCUGACCAGCGGGAGAUCAAGCUGCGCCGUCUGGCCAAGAAGCGCAACCAGUUCUACGUGCCCGCCGAGGCCAAGUUGGCCUUUGUGGUCCGUAUCCGCGGUAUCAACAAGGUGGCGCCCAAGGUGCGUAAGGUCCUGCAGCUGUUCCGUCUGAGGCAGAUCAACAACGGUGUGUUCAUCAAGCUGAACAAGGCCACCAUCAACAUGCUCCGCAUCGCCGAGCCCUACAUCACCUGGGGUUACCCGAACCUCAAGUCCGUGCGGGAGUUGAUCUAUAAGCGCGGUUUCGUCAAGCACAACCGUCAGCGUGUGCCCAUCACCGACAACUUUGUCAUCGAGCGCAAGCUGCGACAGGCCCACCAGAUUCAGUGCGUCGAGGAUCUUGUCCACGAGAUCUUCACCGUCGGCCCCAACUUCAAGUACGCCUCCAACUUCCUGUGGCCCUUCAAGCUAAACACCCCCACCGGCGGCUGGCGCAAGAAGGCCAACCAUUAUGUCAACGGCGGAGACUUUGGAAACCGUGAGGACCAGAUCAACCGUCUGCUGCGCAAGAUGGUCUAAGGGAUUCACCCAAUCCAUGUGCUGAAACAACAACAACAACAGCAGCGGUACGAUGUAAACAGUGAGAGAAAUAAAAGUUACUUUUAUAAACCCACGAA